CUUGAUUAAAGUGGAGGCAGCUGCCAGAGGAAAGCGAUAAUGUGUUCAUGAAGGUCGACGCUGAAGGGUCCGAGGAGCUGCUGCUGACUGACUGAUGGUUGGCUCUGGCUGCUGAUGAGUGAAUCUAACCGAGCCUUCUGGAGAGCUUUUACAUCAGACAGCACUCCUUUGCUUCUUCAGGAAAGAGCUCUUUACACAUACUGUAUAUGACACCAAGUAGAUUCUCAGUAUGUCCUUUUAAUUUACUCUCACAUAGUUAUAGGCUGCAAAUGAUUAUUCACUUUGUGAACAGCAUUAGAAAUGUUAGCAUGAUUAUAUCAUUAUGGCAGUUGCAAAUGCAAUAAUCUGAAAUUAUGCAUAUCUUAAGGUGAUUCAUAAUUUAUUCAUCGUGUCGCAGCUGUACAAUUAUUUGUAUUUCUCGACUAUAUUAUUUAUUAAUUAUAAAAUGUGUUGAAAGGGUAAAAAAUACAAAAAUGGAAAAACGUAUGCUUUAGGUGUAUAACGUUCAGUCAGGAAAAUAAAGCUUUAAGUUUUAACUGUGGUGAGUGACGUCCUUGUAUCAUAAUGCAUAUUAAAAGGACAUCCAAACAGGCGUAAUAUUUUAACGUUUGAAUGUUGAAAGUAUGAGGAAUAAAGGCAAUCUAACAAUUGAAAACAUUGGAAGGGAAUCUGUUAUUUAUCGACAUUGACAUAGCCCCGCCUAUCUUUGCGUAACCUAGCAGCGCAGCACUGAGCUUUCUCCUGAUUGGUCCGUUUGCAAUAAUCCGCCAUAUUCAAACUUCCGCAGUGGCGUGUGUUCUGUUGUCAUCGAACGACUUUCUUUGUAGCAAUUAAGUCGGGUUUACCCUCUUCAACGUUUAUAAUAUUGACUUGGAGAUCAUUUAACUACCUUCUGGACACGGAGCGCGCUUCGAAAUGGAGGAAUAUGAGGACGUUGGUGGAGAAUCGCUGGGAGAAAAACGACCCAAGCUUCGCAGAAUGUCAUCGAGAAUAUCGACCAACAGUGUCAGCGCCGCUGCAGAGGCUUCUCCCAAAACACUUCGGAGGACCAACUCUAAAAAACCUCCACUACAGAGGGGCAGCUCUUUUACCUUUCUCACCCCAGGGACACCGUGGGACUUCAGUCUGAAAAGAAAACGCAAGGACAAGGAUGAUGAUACAGUCAGCAUGUCUAGUUUUGAUCUAAAGGAACCAAACAACAAGCGAGUGCGACCUCUGGCCAAGGUUACAUCUCUGGUCAACCUGAUGUCCCCAUCGAAGAACGGAGCAGUUCGACGUUUUGGUCAGACUAUCCAGUCAAUGUCAUUGCGAGGUGACUCCAGGUCACCUGGGAUGUCACUGAAGUCCAGCAGCAGAGCAGUAGGACCCACACCCACAAAACGCAGACACAGCACUCUAUGGUCUGAGACCCUGGACGUGCAUCAGAAGAGCUCCUUCUCCUCAAAAGAGAUCAAGAGACAAGAGGCUAUAUAUGAGCUGUUUCGGGGAGAGCAAGACCUCAUUGAGGAUCUUCAACUCGCAAGAAAGGCGUAUCACGAUCCCAUGCUCAAGCUUUCUAUCAUGACUGCGGAGGAACUCGCCCACAUUUUCGGUGACCUGGAUGCUUACAUCCCUUUACAUGAGGAUCUUUUGACAAAGUUGACUGAUGGAACCGGCUCAGACGGAACAGUGGAUCAGAUUGGACAGAUCGUCAUCGACUGGCUCCCUGGACUAAACGCCUACAAGAACUACUGCAGCAACCAGCUUGCCGCCAAAGCAUUGCUGGACCAGAAAAAGCAGGACCGGCGGGUGCAGGACUUCCUGCAGCGCUGCCUCGAGUCGCCCUUCAGCCGGAAGCUGGACCUCUGGAGCUUUUUGGACAUCCCACGCUCACGCCUGGUGAAAUACCCGCUGCUGCUGCGAGAGAUCCUCAGACACACGCCUCCUGAGCACCCAGAUGUGACCAGUCUGGAGAGAGCCGUCGCCAUCAUCCAGGGAAUCCUGUCAGAUAUAAACAUCAGAAAGGGAGAGUCCGAGUGUCAGUAUUACAUCGACAAGCUGGAAUACCUUGACGAGAAACAGCGUGACCCGCUCAUCGACGAUUGCAAGACCCUGCUGUGUCAUGGCGAGCUGCGGAACAAGAGUGGCUCGAGGCUGCACGUGUUUCUCUUCACCGAGCUGCUGGUUCUGACCCGACCAGUCACACGCAACGACAGAAGCUGCUUCCAGGUUUACAGACAGCCCAUUCGAGUGACGGACUUGGCGCUCGAAGAUCUGCUGGAUGGAGAAAUUCGACUCGGAGGCUCUUUUAGAGGGGCGUUCACGAAUGUAGAUAAAGCUAAAAAUGUCUUCCGUGUGAGCUCUCUGGACCCAUCCCACGGUCAGAGCCACACGCUGCAGGGUAACGACGUCUACCACAAGCAGCAGUGGCUCAACUGUCUUCGCAGUGCCAUCGCAGACAAGCAGAGGGAACCAAAGCAAGUCCUGCCGGGAGACGUCAUGAAACCCAAGCGACGCUCAUCCGGCAUCGCAGUCACCGUCCACAACGACGAUGAAAACUGCCCACCACCUCUGGGUCCUAAACUCAGACCGCAGCCGCGCUCCAAAACCAGGCUAGGUCAGAGGAUAGAGGGCAGCCUGAAGAGGAAAGAGACCGGCGUGUAGGGAGUGACCCAUCACUCAAAGCUUCAAACCACUAUUUCAUUUCACUUCCCUCGUUUUUGUAGCAGCAGGCUUUUCAGUCAUGUCCGUCCAUGUGAGUGUUGUGUUGUUUCUCUACCAUCAAAUGUCUCGCUUUUCAGUCUAAAUGUGUUUACGUGACUGCAUGUGGAAUUUUGCGUUUACUGAAGCGAAACUAGAUGAUGGCACUGGUCAAUGUUUCAACACACGAUGUCAUUCUCUUCAGUGUGUUUUCAAGUCAGGAGGAGAACAGACUGUCCACUUGAGUAAAAAUCAAUUUAGGCGUAUUCUCACGGAAUGCCCUUUAAAAAAGAAUAAACUUUGUACUCUGAGUGACUCUUGACUUUGACUGCCGUUGAUAA